AGUCAUUCAGCGGUCUGCGCCCGAUCUAGGCACGUGCUAUCGCUGAAAACGCUGAAAGCGAAUCGUGUGAAAACGAUCGGUGGAAAGUUAUCUUUAAAUCGGUAAUAAACGUGAAAAAGUCGAUUAAAUGCCAGUGAUUUUUCGAACUGUUUAAAUUGAAUCAAUAAUGUGAUUAAGGGGUUGGGAUUGCGUAAUCUGGAUUGAUUUGAUAUCUCUUCUCGAUCCCAUAGACGUAGCAAUGAAAUCGAACGUUUGGAGAUGAAAUUACUGUGAAAAUAAAUAAGCGAACAUUUUCCGCAACAAGCGUAAACCAUCCGAAGGAAAAACAAUUUAAAUGGUAUUUAUAGGCGAUCGCGACCCAGGCGAAACAAUCAGUGAUGUUCGUGAAAAAACGAAGUAGAAGGAAAAAAACGAGGGAAAAGCUCAAUAAUUGGACGGUUGUUCCGGUGAGGAAAUGAUUGCCGGGGUCUUGGUCACGCUCGUUGUGUACGUACAGAAUGUCGUUUCAGGAUACAUUGAAAAAGUAGAAGUUAGUGGCUGUGAGUCCUGCAGGUUGAUGUUAACCUGCCGUCAAUUAGAUACCAUAAUCGCCAUCUUGGAUGUGGAUUUCCGAAUGAAAAACCCGAUUUUCGAUACAGGUGUCAUUCAAAAUCGAGGCGUUCAAGUAUUUCCCCCAGAUCAUCCUCGAGAUGCUUUAAAUAAACGGUGUUCAGGAGUAAACCACUGCAGUUUCAUAUUACGGGAAGACAGUCCAGGAAGUGAAGCGUGGGGUUUCGGUAACAUAACCAUAAGAUACGCCUGUAUCACACAGGACAGAAUCCACAGAUACUGUAACAGCCAAGUCCGUCUAGACGAAAACAUAUCUGCAGGAUUACUACACAAUCCCGGAUAUCCCAGGUUUUACGCGGGUCAGAGGAAAUGUACCUGGAAAAUUACUGCCCCUUCACAAAAGAGAAUCUCUCUAAGAAUUUUAGAUCUAGCUCUAUUCGAUACGAGAGUAUCAUCGAUAACAGACUGCAAAGAUGUGUUGCAAAUCAAAGAUACAAACCAAGUUAUUUUUUCUACAUGUAAGCAGGGGUAUCCACCUGACGAAAUAAGAUCUGGGAGUGAGUCUGUAGAGGUAGUAUUGAGAUCAAGGCACGAAAUCAACGCGCGCAGAGGAGUUCUCAUUUAUUUCCAAACCGUGGGCUGUCAAGUUCCGGAACCACCUAAACAAGGAUACCUAGUAUCCAAGAACGACUCUUAUGCUUCGUUCACAUGUUGCAGGGGGUACUUGUUUCCAGACACCAGAACCAAGUCCAGGACGAUCGAAUGUCAGGGUGUUAAUUGGAAUAUUUCGUUGCCUUUGUUGGACUGUGAAGAAGCCCACAAGCUAGAGUCAGUUCGUUCAAGGAAAGUUAAGUUAGAACCACCCGAUAUGUCUUCAGACUUAGCUUUACCCAUUACAAUUAUAAUACUGCUAUUCGUCGUAAACGCAGUGGUCCUGUAUUAUAUUCAAAAGGCCAGAAAGAACGAUAAUAGACAGCGGCGUGCAUUAAUAUUCGAUUUGCAAUCAGAUUCGGGACGUGGUUCAUAUGGUUCCAUGGAUAACCAUAGCGGAACGCACUUGAAAUUAGGGACGAAGAAUUGGGCACGUUCACUGCAGGCCGAGCGGGACACAAAUAACAUAAAGAGAGCCUCAAAAUCGCCUUACAGUUAAUUUUAGAUGUUAAUUUUCUAAAAAGAGUAUGUACAUACAUGUAAAGAGAAUAAAGACAUUAUUUAAUGUAAAUUUUGUGAAACGUUUGAAUGCAACAGAUAUUUAUAUAUUACUAUUAGAUUAUAGAUUAUUUAUAAUAACUCUCGACCUUUUUUCUAAAUUUUAAAAAUUCUAACAAAAUAAAGUUUGAC